CGUUGAACCAGACCACAUACCGCUCGUCUCUUGUUUUUUUGGAAACUGUCUACGAAAAUUCUUUCAAAAUAUCUUCAUUCGAAGAAGAUUAUCGGGCUGAUCGGCCCAUGGUGCAACGUGCAUCAUCUUCAGAUGUACCUUCCGUAUCGGGCGGCCAUCGAGAAUCUCGAUUUGGCCUUGGUUAUUCAUCAUAUCAAAGUGGAUACAAUAAACUAUUUACACAGGGUUCUGCCGACUCCAAUUACUCACAACCGUCAUCCGAUCUGUCGCUAGACGAGGAAAAGGAAUCGCUUCGGCGAGCUAAGGAAAGUCAGGCCCAAAGCCAGUUGGAUAAAGCUAGAAGUAAACCUGUUGCGUUCGCUGUGCGAACAAAUGUUGCCUAUGAUGCCAGCAUCGAUGACGAUUCACCCGUACAGGGUGGUGCUGUUUCCUUUGACGUUAGGGAAUUUCUACACAUCAAAGAAAAAUAUGAUCAUAACUGGUGGAUUGGUCGCCUGGUCAAAGAAGGCUGUGAUGUGGGAUUCAUACCCAGCCCCGUUAAGCUAGACCAUAUACGUUUGCAGGUAGGUUAAUGACACUGGG